CCACGAAUGUAUUACCACCCCUUAACCCAAGUUGUGACCUGUGCGCUCGUCCAAUCCCCAGGUUCUCCCCCCGGCACCCCACCGGAGUCAGCCUAUCCUUCGGAAUCAGGAGGAGUUGGCAAAUGAGCGCACUCGUCACAUCUCCCGUCCAUCUCUUCCGUCGCGUGAACUACGCCCUGAUUAUUCUCACAGUCCUCGCACCCGGUCUCGUUCUCCCCCGGAUUCGCCUCGCUCCAGUCCUCGCACGCAUAGUAGCUCGCGAACGUCAAGUGCCCGCAGGUCCACCGUCUCCACACUUCCUCGCACAUUUCGACGUGGUGAGAGCAACUCGCGCCGAUUAUACCCACGGAAUGUCAGUCGGUAACUGCCUCCCAUGUCGUCAUCCAGCAUGCAUACCUCUGCUUGAACCUUGGCCAAUUGCCGAGGCUCGGAUGGAUGGCCCAGGAGGUCGACGUUGGCGAGCUCGGAGGGGCCGGGAAGAAGGAUAGCAGCAGACUAUAUUUAUAGCGAUUUCCCAGAGUUUCCUAGCAGCGAGUGGUGUGAUGGAUUCGGAGCGACGAUAGUUGCUGCUGAACUUCGAACGGCUC